AUGGCGGUCAAAGAUCCCCCUCACUCAUCGUACUGUCCAACCCCACAGUCGGAGAAGCAGCAGCAGCAGGAUGGGAGCCCGCCGUCGACGGCCAAUAACAGUAACAACAGCUUGAUGAUUGCUCCGCCGGCGGCGGGGACUCCUAAGCUGCCGGAAAAAUCGACUAAGAAACAGCCCGGUGGAUGGAGAGCCAUGCCUUACGUUUUAGGAAAUGAGACGUGCGAGAGGUUGGCGACGUUUGGACUGUUCGCAAACUUCAUGGUGUAUCUGACGAAAGAGUAUCACAUGGAGCAGGCCAAAGCUGCACAGCUCCUCAACGUCUGGUCCGGCUUCACUAACUUCCUGCCGCUCAUCGGCGCUUUCGUCUGCGACGCCUACGUCGGCCGCUUCAAAACCAUUGCUUUCUCCGUCUUCGCCGAACUUCUGGGGAUGGUAACAAUCACACUGACAGCGUGGCUGCCGCACCUCCGCCCAGCCAAAUGCGACGCCGUCUCCCCAUCCUCCACGUCAUCCUGCGCGGGUCCCACCUCGAGCCAGAUGGGCGUCCUGCUGGCGGGGCUGUGCCUGCUGUCCGUCGGGGCGGGCGGGAUCCGACCCUGCAGCAUACCGUUCGGGGUGGACCAGUUCGACGGUCGGACCGAAGCCGGGGUCAAAGGGAUCAACAGCUUCUUCAACUGGUACUAUACAACCUUCACCGUCGUCAUCCUCCUGGCGCUCACCGUCAUCGUCUACAUCCAGGAUUCGAUCAGCUGGGCGCUCGGCUUCGGGAUCCCGACGGCGUUCAUGUUCGGCUCAAUUUUCUUGUUCUUCAUGGGGACCAGGAUCUACGUCCACGUGAUGCCCGAAGGCAGCGUCUUCUCCGGGAUCGCACACGUCUGCUCCGCCGCAUACAAGAAGCGCAACCUUAAGCUUCCCGACGCCGCGGCCGCGGGCGACGAAGGUGCACGGUUCUAUGACCCGCCGGCUAAGGACUUCGUCAUACACAAGCUCCCCCUCACCAAUCAGUUCAGCUUCCUAAACAAGGCGGCAAUCAUAGAGCAAGAACACGUGGAGCUGAACCAGCAAGGCCAGCCAUCGGACCCGUGGAGCCUAGUCAGCAUCCAAGAAGUGGAAGAAGUCAAAUGCCUGCUCAAAAUCAUCCCCGUAUGGUCGGCCGGAAUCAUAAGCCUGACGGCGAUCUCCCAACAGGGCACCUUCACCGUCUCCCAGGCACAAAUCAUGGACCGCCACCUGGGCCCCAAGUUCCAGAUCCCGCCCGGCUCGAUGUUCGUCAUCUCCCUCCUCGUCAUCGGCGCGUGGCUCCCACUCUACGACCGCGUCCUCGUCCCGGCCAUGACCAGGAUCACGAAGAUCGAGGGUGGGAUCACGCUCCUCCAGCGCAUCGGGAUCGGGAUGGUGUUCUCCGUCCUGUCCAUGGUGGCGGCGGGGAUUGUCGAGAGGGACAGGCGGGAAUUCGUCCACGCGCACCCGGACGCGCCGGCGAUGUCGGUGAUGUGGCUGGCGCCGCAGCUGGCGCUGAUGGGGAUGUGCGAGGCGUUCAACUUCCUGGGGCAGAUCGAGUUCUACAACAAGGAGUUCCCCGAGCACAUGAGGAGCAUCGCCAACUCGCUCUUCUCGGUGUCGUUCGCCACGGCGAGCUAUUUCAGCAGCGUGCUGAUCGCGGUGGUGAGGAAGGCGACCGGCGGCGGCGGCGGCCGGAGGCGGGCGGAUUGGUUGGCGAAUGAUUUGAAUGAAGGGAGGUUGGAUCUGUUCUACUUUCUGUUGGCAGGGAUGGGGUUCGUGAACUGCUUCUACUUUCUUUACCUUGCGAGUGGGUAUCGGUACAAGACCAAGAUGAAGAUCGGCGAGGUGGCGGUGGACGAUGGGAAGUUGGCGGAGAUUGAUGAUGUGGAGAUGAAUUCGGUUAAAGUGGCGAGUUGA